UAUAAAAGGACCAGUUUGUUAGCAGCAUUCACAAGUGCCCAACAUGAAGCUCCUGGUGAUCUCAGUGCUUGCCGUUACGGCGGUUGCGGCGCCUCAAGGGUACAGUCUCACUGAACCCAGGGGAGCUAGUCUUUCAGGAGACAGAGGACACGCUGCUGUUGGAGAUGCCUUUGCAGGUGUUAGAGGUGGAGAAAUAGAAUCCUCACUUAUCACUGAUAUUUCCGCUGAUAGCAAACCCUCAGAAUCCGAAGCAGAUGCUGGUUUCCCAUUGACUGCUGGCCUCGCUACUGAAUCUGAAUCCUCUGUAGGUGUAGUUGAAACUGCAGGUCACUCUUCCUCUACCGCCACUGAAAUCACUUCUGAUGGGAUCGCCGAGUGCCAGGAGGGAGAGGUUCGGCAUGUAGAUGGCUCCUGCGUCCUUCCAAAAAUCACAAGGAAAGUCUUUGUUGUUUCCGUUCCAAAACAGGAACAGGAACGCGCAGACUCUAUUCCAGACCUUCCUCCACCAAGAGUAGAACACAAUAUUCUCUUUGUACGUCUACCUAAAGGAGGAUUUGGCCCAGAACCCAUUGUUGUUCCUCCACCAAGGCAAGAAAACAUCAUCUACGUCCUUAGCAAGCAAGGAGAUCAAACCCAGCGCGUGAUCGAGGUACCAGCUCAUCCUCCUUCUGAACCAGAGAUUUACUUCGUUAACUAUGAUGAAGGAGAUAACCCAACGCUGCCCGGAGGUCUAGAUCUGCAGACUGCUCUUGGUUCGGCAGUAGUUUCUGGUGGGCAACGCUUGGGUACCAACACUGCCUCUAGGGCAACAAUUGAGGAUCACGGCAACGUUGGAGUGAGCAGCAGCACUGAAGUAGGUGUUAGUGAAGACUUCCACUCAGGAUUAUUUGUUUCUGAAGCUGGAAGAGCUGCAUCCACUGGCACAAGCGCAGACAACACUGGAGACAGUCCAUCCGGUCUUUACGGUACUCCGUGAACAGAAAUUAGGUAGAUGAUUGUCUCGUAAAUAUGCAAAGAACGUCAUGGUUUGGGUUAUUUUAUUUCAGAUAUUUAUAUACUGCAUGCGGAAAUAAUAAAAUCUAUGAUGAAAAUUGCUUUGUCAUUACAAUAGUCAAA